CACAUAUCUUUCUUUCAUAUUAUCUCUCUGUUGAGCUGUGUAUCGUGGAUUGCAAAGUUCUUUGAAAACAAUCUCAGGCAACAUGAGGACCACUCACAUUGCAAAGUAUUGUCUGUUUGUGUCAUGUUAUAUUUUUUGGGUGAGUAUUGCAUUUUGUUUAAUCUUGCUGUGCGUAUAAAAUGUGGUACAACUGUAUAUAAACAGGAGUCAGCUGCUUCGGAUGAAUCAGUGAGAGUAAAGGGAGACAAACCCUAGAGAGUAAAGACAUGAUAUGCGCUUGUGUGAUUGAUGUAACUGUCAUAGACUUUAAAGCAGAGUGGACAUACAAUAUAGGUUCUUUAUCUUUCUACGUUUCUAUGUUGCUAGGUUAUACUGACUGUAUAAAAGAGCUUGCUGUAGUUCAAGUGGUUAUUUUUAGUGGAAAACUGACACUAAUGUAUGAUAGAAGUAAUUGCUGGUUUGUACAGCAAUGAUACUUAAAUCCAGUUAGGUUUAAUCACCAAAAUGUUGGACGAUGUCGGAAAAUAAUAUCACCAACUAUGUUUUUAUGUACAGCUAUUUUGUUGCAAACUUAGACGUUUAUUCAUCAGCUCACCACAACAAGUGUUUUGAAAGGCAGUCUUUACAUUGCUGCCUAUGGCGGCCUCUAGCGGCAGUCACUCGGAAAGCCAGUAAUGGGACUUCCUAGACGAGGUCCUGCAAUCUUUCCAGACAAUACGCCCCUGUCCAUUGCGCCCCAAGUUGGCCACCUGUGUUGCCUUAUAGGAAUAAAACAGACACUGUAAGUGGGGCAGAUAAAUUGGAGUGUAUUGAGAGUCAAGAUGUUCAAUAAUUAGUUAGAAAUAAGGAACAGAAAUGCUCUGGAAAGUAAUACUAUAAGGAAUUGUGAUUUUGUCUUGACCAGUGAAUAUAUUAAUGACAGACAUUUCUCCUCUUUCUGAACAGGUGGCUAGCGGACUAAUGAUUGCUGUAGGAUUGUAUGCUAAACUCAGUAGUGAGAAAAGUGAGUAUAACCACACUGAAACCUAAACCAACCAAACCUAAAACAGUUUGUGGAGAGUUACGAAAGUGUCAUGUUCUGGAAAAUAAUGCAUGGGCAAAAAAAUUCAGUUUCGGAAAUUCGGAUAAGUAAAAAAAUAAAUAAUUAAUCUGCUUUGGCAAUUCGAACCAAUGGUAUUCGGUUCGGCACUUCAGAACUUUGGACAUUCGUAAGCAUCCGAAUUGCACAAAAUUCGGCCAAAUGUACAUUUGGAACGAAACGAAUAGCUCAUGUCUAAAUGACAGCCAGUUGUACAGAUUCAGCUAGUUUGCGCCUAUAACGCUAAACCUCCAACACUCACCUGCUGCAAUGAGACACACUGUGUCCAAUGUUGUUUCAAUACACAACUUCUCAGUAAUGUUGUCACUUAAUGAAUGUGCCCCUGUGAUUAACUUGCUAAAUACACUUUCACACAGGACAAUCCUUAUACCAGUGGAAACUAAAAUUAUAACCAAAUUAUAGUCAUGCUGCACAGGCAAUACUAAUUAUAUAAAUAGCUGCAGUCACUAAUGCUACUGCUCUUCUUAAAAGGUAACCAUGUAUAAAGGAGUGUAUUUUGUGGAUCCCUUUGUUAUAGUAUAGUAUAGUCAGACCUCUUUGAAAUGGAACAACAACAUCGCAAAGCAUCUAAUUAUGGUGUAUGUAUUAUACAUAAUACCAUAAAUAAUUAAUUGCUAAGCUAUUGCCAUAUUCAUAGACAGAGUCCCCUUUAAAGUGUCAUUCUAAACAUGUUCACAGCAACAUCGUGUAGUGGCUAUGGUGUGGUCCUUUGUUUUUCUGUCAAACCCUUCUUGUCCCAAAUGUUCUAAGGUUAUCAAUGUACCUACAGAUGAGUCAAACUAUGGGAGUUGGGAAAGCCACAUAUUUUCUCAAACUGACCUAAAAUGUGGUGACAGAAAAAAAUGUGGUGACUGAAAAAGAGAUGGUAUAAAUAGCUGAAUAGGAAAAAAAUCUUUAACCCAGCUUACUGACCAUUUGGUUUUGCACAUUCAGUUUUCAAUUUACGAUAAUGAAUUCCUUUACUUGUAUACCAUAGGAAGAUAUACUGCUCGCAAUAUUAGACAAUACAGUACUGUGCUGCUAUUCGUCAAUGAACAAUGUAUAAAAAGAUAACGGAUUCAAUUUGGUCCAUCAGGUAUUGUGGAUUCUUUUGUCACAGACCCCUCUGUCAUACUGAUUGCGGUGGGAAUCCUAAUGUUUGCUAUAACCUUCAUAGGAUGCAUGGGAGCCCUCAGGGAUAUGCAUACACUACUUAAAAUUGUAAGUAGACAUUUAUAUGUAAUGGUAUAUGAUGUAUAUGACAUCCACUCAGUCUGCGGCUGACUUUCAUGGCAUAAUUAGCAUCAUGUAAAGAUUUCUAUAAUGAGCAAGCCUAGAGGGGCCAUCAAGCAAACACCAGAAGAUUAUAGAUACAAAAUUAUGCACACCAAAGCAAAUACCCACAUAAAAUAGACUCUUUAUUCAGCAGAUAACAAUACUAAAUAUACCAAACAAAAACACACAAGUGACAGAGGCUAAUACCAAUACGCAGUACAAAUGUAUUUAAACAAACACUUACACAAAGCCUCUAAGUGCUGGACACAAACCUACAAUCCCAACGUUUCGGCACUAAGAAAUGUGCCUUUCCCAAGGGACAGAAUAGUAUCUGCAUCAGCAUCUAUGCAUUUCUGUACAGCUUCACAUAAGAUACAGAACUAUAUUACAAAGAGGACUAUGGAGUUAUUGUCAUGGUCUUAAACCAGGUCAGGUAAGAGACUUUGGCCAGGGUUAACAUUUGGUUCUUUAUUAGUAACUUUAGACAUGGUAACUCACAAUUUAGUACAUCUAUGAAGCCAAAGUUGGAGGAGGAACUUAUAUAGAGGAAGGUAAGUUAAAAAGGGAGAACUGCAAGAAAAUAGAGUCAGGUUAAUCUAUAAGUGAGAUAUUGACAGAAGGUAGACAGAGAACCUAUAAGUGAAAUUAUAGGUAUGUAUAAGGAGAUAAAAUAGAAAUCAAGAGUUAGGCAAUAUGCCCCAGAUAGGUUAUUAACAAGAUAUAAUCAGAUAGUAGAGAAAACCUAUCGGUGAAAGUAUAGGUUAUUUUGAGGGACAAGACAAACAGAACGGUUUCAGAUUUGUAAGUAAAAUAGACGUUUAGAGAAUCAGCCCCCUGUUUUAGAAGGAGUACUGAUAAUUCAGGUAAAUUACACUUCGCAAUCCUGGUUAGUAGCAUAGAUCAGGUUGAUAUAAAGCAGGUUAGUAACCUUAAGCAGGUUUGUAUUGUAGAUCAGGUUCGUAUAAAGCAGAUUGGUAGUGUAGUUCAGGUUGGUUUAAAGCAGGUUGAUAACCUUAAGCAGAUGGGUAGUGUAGAUCAGGUUGGUAUGAAGCAGGAUGGUAACCUUAAGCAGAUUAGUUGUGUAGAUCAGGUUGGUUUCAGGUAAGUUUAUAGGAGCCAGGAUCCGAAGUUCUUUCAGGUAGACCAUAACUUCAAUCAAUGUAAAGGCCCCCUUCUGAGCAGGAUGUGGCUCUUUAUAGUCAGAUGUAGUCAUUCAUUCCAGGCAGGUGAGAGAGAGGAUGUGGAUUAAGACUAGUGGCUGGGGAGGCCACUAUUGGUGGAAAACUGGAAAUGUUAAAAUAAAAUAAAUGAAACAUGAUUUUGGAUGUCAGGAUAGGAUCUUGACAGUUAUUGAUAUCGUUCUGCUUUACAGUUUGCCUACAUGCUGGUCAUAGUACUGAUUCUUCAGUUCGUGGCCGCAGUACUUGGUUUUAUGUUCUCUGGAAUGGUAAGUACCUCUUCUUGUUUCUAUGGAAAUACAACACAAGUGAUCAUGAUUUGUUUUUGUUAUCACAUUAUGAUACCUUCUUUUCAGGUCGGCCUUAACAUUUUUUUAAUCACAGCGGCCCACUAAAAAGGGGGCGGGGCAGAGAGGGUGUGUUUUGUCAUCACCAAUGACAAGCACGCCCCCUCUCAAAGUGAGCAUGUUGGUUUAAUGCUAUUAUAGGGUAGACCAUGCUCAGAGCUCUGCUGAAGAGCUCUAGCAUGAGAAAAAGGCUCUGUAUUUGUUCUGCACAGUGCAAGCAAAUUUAAUAACAAGUGGUCAUGAUUUGUUUUUGUUAUCAUAGUAUGAUACCUUCUUUCAGGUUUGGACUGGAAGAAAAAUUCGGCCUUGGCAUUUUUUAAUCACAGCGGCCCACUAAGAAGGGGACGGGGCAGAGAGGGUGUGUUUUGUCAUCACCAAUGACAAGCACGCCCCCUCUCAAAGUGAGCAUGUUGGUUCAAUGCUCUUCCAGGGCAGACCAUGCUUAGAGCUCUGCUGAAGAGCUCUAGCAUGAGAAAAAGGCUCUGUAUUUGUUCUGCACAGUGCAAGCAAAUUUAAUAACAAGUGGUCAUGAUUUGUUUUUGUUAUCAUAGUAUGAUACCUUCUUUCGGGUUUGGACUGGAAGAAAAAUUCGGCCUUGGCAUUUUUUAAUCACAGCGGCCCACUAAGAAGGGGACGGGGCAGAGAGGGUGUGUUUUGUCAUCACCAAUGACAAGCACGCGCCCUCUCAAAGUGAGCAUGUUGGUUUAAUGCUAUUCUAGGGCAGACCAUGCUCAGAGCUCUGCUGAAGAGCUCUAGCAUGAGAAAAAGGCUCUGUAUUUGUUCUGCACAGUGCAAGCAAAUUUAAUAACAUGCUUGCGCUGUGUUUCCUUGCAACUUGUCUCUGGUGUCUUUAUAAAUGGAUAGCGCGGGCCCUGCAUGGACCAGCAGGGGAGAUCCUGUGACCUCCCCUGCCAGCCCUGGCCCAUAGCCAUUGCCGCCCCCCCCCCCCCGGGCAUUUGCCCGGUGUGCCUGUUGGCCAGACCGGGCCUGCCUUCUUUUGUCUUAAUCAUGAAAUAUGUUUAAAGAAACCCUCUGGAACCCCUAAAGCACUUCGGCUUGCUGAAAAGCUUUAUGUGUGAAGAGUGUGUCCUCUUUUUUCAUUUUACAAAAGUGCAGAUUUCAAUAAAAAUUAUUUUGUCACAAUAUUGACAAAAUUGGAUUAUUAUGGUAGUAUUGCCAUUAUUUUUGCAUUUAUGCAUUUUUUUGUUUGUGCUCUAAUAUUUAUACAUGAAGAUAAUGGUAUUUUGACUUUGUAGGUUCUAGAAAAAGCUGCAUCUGUGAUGACAAAAGCGAUAACUCGAUAUCGAGAUGAUCUGGACCUGCAAAACUUUAUUGAUUACAUUCAAAAGAAGGUAAGAACCCAUUCACAUCCAUUACAGGGCUGGUGUAUUUAUUGCCAUUGUUAAAGGGACACUAUAUUCACCCAGAUCACUUCGGCUCAUUGAAAUUUCUGUCCCUUUUAGUCCUGCACUAAAAAAACUAUUGCAGUUUUAUAGAAAAUGUAAUGAUUACAUUGCAGGACUAACACUGCCUAUAGUGACUGUCAAUCAUAUUGGUACUUGCGAGGGUGUGGAGAUAAGGGGAUGGCGCACACAAUGGUAGAUGGUUAUCUUGAUAUUGGGAUAAAAUACCUAGGUGCUGUAAACAUAAAAGACCAACAUAGGGCAAUAUGUAUAUACAGAAUAAAUAAGAUAAGAUAACUUGGAACACUCACAAUAUUUAGAGCCCAUAUAAGACAGCUCUAAACUGUAAUAGCGGGUUCAUCAAUCAGAUGCAGAUGUAAAAGUGUAUUUAGGUCCCCCCGAAAGACGAUGGAAUUCCUCUGUAUGGUAAAUCAGGAACCAGAUUGAUACAGGAUAAAAACUUUUACUCACACAAAAUAAAAGAAAGCACAACGCGUUUCAACCUUAUAGAAUAGGUCUUCCUCAGGGUCAUAUGACAUGGCAUAUGAGCAAAUGUUCUUAUAUACCAUUAACAAUCAAUAAAAACAAUACACAUGUGGUAAUUAAAACAAACCCAUCCCCUUCUCCAUAUAUGGAGUAGUUCCAGAGUAUUUCUGCCUCAACAAGUAUGGAGGAUGAGGCUGUAUCCUGAAUGGGCGUGUGCACGACCUUCCUAAGAUGGCCGCGCAUCUAUUGCGUUAUUCGUUCUUCCAGCAGGCGUCAACUUGUACGCCUGUAGAUUUCGCCAAUAAGUCCAUGCCUUACAAAAGGAGUUGUCCAUAUAGUCCCGCAUAUAUAUAGAGCUCAAAGAAGACGUUAAUAAAAGUCGCCAUUUUAAAAAAGGGAAAAGUGAGGGUAAAAAACAUAAAGAAAAUAAUAUGGAUUAGUUUUAUAAUCAUCUUACCAGUAAAUAAAAGAAACAUAAUAUGUUAAUUCUACCAAGAAAUAAACCGUUUAAUAUAACAUACACAGUACAGGUUAAAAGCUUGUUUUAAUAAAAAUAUACAUUUGAUUAAAAAAUUAUUUUUUAUAAAAAAAGAUAAGAUUAAAGAGAGGGUGGAUUGAUUAAAGGACCACUAUAGGCACCGAGACCACUUCAGCUUAAUUAAGUGGUUUGGGUGCCAGGUCCAUCUAGGAUUAACCCUUUUUGCUGUAAACAUAGCAGUUUCAGAGAAACUGCUAUGUUUACUUUAGGGUUAAUCCAGCCUCUAGUGGCUGUCUCCUAUGAGACCGGCUGAAUGUGCGCGCGCAUUCAGCCGAUGAAGGGGAAAGGAGGAGGAGAGUCCCCAGCGCCGAGGGAGCCCGGCGUUGGAGAAAAGGUGAGUUUUUAACCCCUUCCUCACCCUAGAGCCCAGCGGGAGAAGGGCCCAGAGGGUGAGGGGGUCCCGAGUAUGUUUUCCUGGCACUUUAGUGGUCCUUUAAAGAAUUGGUCUAAUUUCAAAGUCAAUAUUUAGCCCUUUUGGGCACAAAGUCUGUAAUUCGAAUAUCCAAUUAAUUUUUUUUUUUUACUUAAAUUAAAAACAUUAUCACCACCUCUCCAGUGGGUUGUGACUUUUUGGAUUGCCAUAAAUUCCAUUUCUUUUGGAUUGGAAUUAUGUAUUUCUACAAAAUGCUUUGACACACUGUGGUUUAAAAAUCCAAUUUUGAUAUUUCUAAUAUGCUCAUUUAUUUUUGUCUUAAGGGGUCUUGAUGUCUUCCCUAUAUAUUGCAAUCCACACGUGCAUUUUAAUAAAUAAAUUUUAAAAAAUUGAUUCACAUGUGAUAAAAGAAAAAACCAUUAAAAUCCUUUUUUUGUUAUGGUGGAUGUAAAGUUUUCUUGAUAAUAAGGGUAUUUUUACAAGCAUUACAAUUCCCACGGUGAUAAAAACCUUUUUGUUUAUUGGACCAAUCCUCUAAAAAAUAGUUUCCUUUCUCCUUUGUAACAUAACUAGAGGUUAACAUUUGCUUAACAUUUUUAGCCCCUCUAAAAAUAAAUCUGGGUUUAUCACCUAUAAAAUCAUAAAUAUCAUGUUCUUGUUUAAGAAUAUGCCAGUUCUUAGUUAUAAUUUUUUUUAAAACACCUAUAUUACUGCAGUAGUUAAAAAUUAGUGGGAUUUGGGGCGUGGCCUGAUAGCCGAUGGAGUGAGACGCACUCGACCCGAGCUCCUAGGCCCCAACCCGCUAAACCCCGACACACAGCGAAAUAUUAGCUAACAAAUGGGAAAAAGUGACUGGGUGCAGCUGGUACCUCCGGUGCGACCCCAGCAAGACGAAAUCACGGCCCGAUGGACGAGUUCCUCACAACACCGCAAGGCCUCUGUGGCACCGACGACGCCACCAUGACAACGCCGCCCUCACCUAGUUCCGCCGAAACACACUCGAGCCAGCUCUCCCCAACACCCUCCACGCUAGCCCAAAUAUCGGCGGAUCUAGCCAACAUCAGAACUAAUAUGCUCACCCGCAAGGAUAAAGCGGAAAUGGUGGCAGAACUGAGGGCGGUAAUCAGGGAGGAAAUCAAUGCGGUCCGCAGAGUCCUCACUGCACUGGAGCAGCGUGUGGACGAUCUGGAGGUAGACCGUCUGCAGAACGCCCAAUACUGGCAAGCAGCAGAGAUGGCGACUGAGAGGCAGGGGAAUGUACUGCUGGACCUCCGCCAACAGGUCGAGGACCUUGAUAACAGGUCGCAGGAAAAAUCCGAGGCCUACCGGAGACGGAGGGAGAAGACCCCCAUGACAUCCUCGUAGGCCUGUUCACACACCUGCUGGGAGACAGGGCCCCCAAUGACUAUGGCAUAGAGAGGGCACACCGGGCUCUGCGGGCCCCCAGAAGAGACUGCCUACCGAAAGACGUCAUCUGCUCGUUAGAGUCGUUUCAACUCAAAGAAACCCUCACGCAGGCGGCUAGAGCGCAGCAGCAGAUCUCAUAUAUGGACUCACAGGUCUCCCUCUAUCAAAUUUGUCCACAAUCACAUUGGAUGCCCGCCGGGCCCUAAGGCCGUUAACCCGGAUGCUGCAGGAGAAGAGGAUCCCCUACAAAUGGGGGUUCCCAUUUAGCCUACAGGCAAGAACAGGCAACGUGUGGCACAUUAUUCCGUGGCCAAACGACGUUCCCUGCUUCCUGACCGCAACCAAUUUACCCGCAGUGCAAAUCCCGAACUGGAUCCUAGAUGGGCCACCGGCAUGGCCACAGGACCCUCGGAAGCAGCACACAAUCUCCAGGCAGGCCUGGUCCCACGUCGGCACAGAGGAGGGCCAGAGGUCCCCGAAGAAUAGCCCCAACCAGGAACUCCCACCCCGACGAGCAAAAUGUAUACCUUGCACCAGAACUGAGCACCCUGUGCCCAAGGCGCACAGGAGAAAGCGGACCCACCGCCAACUAGAAGGCCUGGACUGGGGUAUGUAAUUUCCCUAAACCCUACCCAAUAGCCUUUGGUGGGAAGCAUAGGUGGGAGCCCGGUAGGUUGGGAGGAGGAGAUUAAAACGGGGGGAGCACAACGGGUAGAACGACCCACUGGAAGGCCCAACAACAGGGGCUCACAACAGGAGGGAACCCUUAGGUUUGGAGGGGAUGGAAGGGAGGGAAUAAGGAAGACUCCUGCCGGUAGAACACAGGUGGGCGUCAGGCAACGGACACCCGCACAACAAUAACAACUGGGAUGGUACAGCAACAGCGGUCUGAAAUGUGGGACAAUGGAUCACGGAGACUGAGACACCUGAGGGGGGACUAGGUCCGGGAUGGGACGGGUGAGGGGAUGGAGUACCUCUUAACUCAUGGGUGUUAUACUGUACAAAGUUUAAAAGUUUACCACGGGUACCUUCGGCCUAACAACACCCCGGACGAGAGACCCCGCUACCCUCUACACACAAAUGCAGUAAACACACUACAUUACAUGUAAAUAGCUGAAACACAAAUCCAAGGCGGUGAGACUACAUGGCACCAAGGGUAGAUAGUGAGGAGCCAGAGGGAGGGGCCCAGAAUAGAAUAGGCGUAAGAGGCUUACCCGCCCAGACUACUGGCGUGAGACCAUAGGGGAAGAACGCCAGUAAGGGAACUAGGGCCCAGACAGCAAAUAGAGGGAAAUGCACAGGUUAGGAAAACCCGAGGCUACAACCGCUCACCGGGAGACCUCCCCCUAAGUGACCACUCACCACUCACAUUUCCCACGCCAAACAAGCGGGCAGAACACAAGCACAGCACACAGGCUAAACACGAGACAAAAGUCGCUGCAAAUUACACGCACCCCCCCUGGGCAACCACUCAAGAGGGGGAAACAACACUGGGAGGGACAUGGACCGCACACAAAGACGAUCCGACCAAGGACCACACUAGCACAACUGGAGACCAUGCACCCGACGCGCCAACUUUGAGGGUCACACACAAAAGUAUAGCUGCACUUAGGGGUUGACACACUACAACACUAGGGCCCCCCAGGUGGGAGAAGACCCCAGCGCUGACCACAACAACAGCAGACAUUAGCCCACGACUUUAUGGGACCACUGGGAUACCCCGAGAGGAGACACAGAACACGCGGGCGGUACACAAGAUACAGCGGAACCAGACGGACACUAACUAACCUAGAGGAGCACUAACUAAGGGAAUAGAGAGACUGCCGGGAACCGGAGAGACCGGAGAGGAGCACACCAACACACAAGCGAGACAGGUGGGGGCGCUAGGGACCGGGAGGACGAGAGCACCUAUAAACGCCCCCACACUAGCCAACAAUAAUGGCGCGACAACAAGCAUCCACGACGGGUUGGGAGCCGACGGAGAGAGAGGACCAGACGACACCACUACCGAAGGUUUCACCACUGAACCUCACUGGGACAGACCCAUACUGUAAGUAUAACCGGGGUUCCACGGGACGGGCACACCACCCUACCACUGGAACAUUAGCACCUGGUACAGGGUCGACGUCACACACAUACAACACCACACAAAGAAUCACGCAAUAGAAUAGAACUGUAACAUCGCAACACCCCCCCGACCCUCUUACCCACGACGAUACCCACCCCCUACCCUGCCUGGGCCGCAGCGGACGGGUGCGCCGCCCCUCCCCGCCUGGGAUGGCGGCCGGAAAGGGGUUUUCCCCGGCUCGGCUGACAUACUGGUCCAAUAACGUCCAGGGACUCAAUACACCAGAAAAGCGCGCACACCUGCACCGACGGCUGUGGACAGCAAAAGCGUCCGUGGCGUUCCUGCAAGAAACACACCUCAGAGGCGGAGGUGCACCCAAGCUGGAAAACCGAUGCUACCCACAGGGAUUCUACGCGAACCGAACUGACUCCAAGAAAGCAGUGGUGGUGAUUCUUAUCGCACACACGACACCAUUCCAAUGCACGGAAACCCAAGCAGACCUCAACGGACGAUAUCUAUUCCUCAAGGGGACAAUCGUAGACUGUGUAUACACCUCCGCCUGCCUGUAUGGGCCAAACAAACAACAGCACACCUUCUUGAGCAGGACACUGACCAAGCUGGAGAGAUUUAGGGAGGGCCUGUUGGUGAUGGCUGGAGACUUAAACUUGCCACUGGACCCACAAAUGGACACCUCCAGAGGCCAGAGCGCGAUCCCCACACACUGCCUGCGUGCAGCACAAUGAUCCUUGCACAAGGCGGGGCUCGUGGACUGCUGGAGAGCCUUCCACCCAGAAGAGCGGGACUAUACCUAUAACUCAGCAGUCCACGCACACUACAGUCGGAUAGACUAUGUAUUCAUAGCCCAGGAGUAUUCGUCCCUACUGCUCAACGCAGACAUAGGUUUGAUGGACUACUCCGACCACGCACCGGUUCUAGUACACACGAGCUCCCCACUGUCCCCACGGGACAGACAAUGGAAACUGAAUGAAUCCCUGCUAGAAGACCAAGAGCUCACAACCACGGUAACUAGCACCUUAACUGACUAUUUUACAACUAAUAACGUCCCGGACACCCCCCCAUUAACGCUAUGGGAGGCUCAUAAAUGUGUCAUUCGGGGACACCUUAUCGCAGCUAGCACCAACCGCAAUAGGAACCGGAAGACGUGUAUCGCUAACCUGACGAAACAAAUAGCGGACCUAGAAAGGGAGCACAAGAACUCUUUAGACGAGGGAACGUUCCUUCACCUCACCGAGGUAUGCAGGGAGCUCAGAGAUAUACUGUCAAAGGGACUGCUCCAUACAUCGAGGAAAGCAUCCAAGUUUUACUACGAACAUUCCAAUAAAAGUGGCAGACUGUUGGCAAGGAUGCUCCAGGAGAAACGGAGAACACAACACAUCCACAAAGUCCACAUGAGAAGAGGCGGCAUUACACGGCUCCCAGAGGGCAUUCUACAAGCGUUCCGGGACUACUACACGGCGCUGUACGACCAGGCACAAAACUGGACUGGACCAGCUGCAGGACAACACCAGGAGAGGAUAACCACAUACCUGGAGGACCAUGUUCUCCGUAAGCUCCCCCCAGAACAGGAAGCCGAACUGGAACUACCCCUGACGAUCGAAGAACUCGCCGCAGCCCUGAAAACAAUGAAACCACACAAAGCCCUGGGACCAGACGGCCUCUCAGCCUCAUAUAUACGCGCCUUCAAAGACAUCCUGCUACCCAGACUCCUAACGGGCAUCAACUCCAUACCAACUGGAGGCCAGUUUCACGCAGACACCCUGAGGGCGUCUGUCGCAAUCAUACCGAAAGAAGGCAAAGACCCAACAAACUGCGCCAGCUACCAGCCGAUCUCGCUGCUGAACGCGGAUUUAAAACUCUACGCCAAAGCCAUGGCCAUCAGAAUCGCACGCACGCUCCCGGACCUGAUACACCCUGACCAAGUCGGAUUCAUACCCGGGAGGGAAGCCAGGGACAAUACCAUCCGGGCCCUCAACAUCCUACACACGGCCACGACUAGCAAACGGGACAUGGUGCUGCUAUCCACGGAUGCCGAAAAGGCAUUCGACCAGGUAGACUGGAUCUUUAUGGCAGAGACGCUGAAACACAUGGCUUUUAAGCCACACAUACGUACCUGGGUGGCCGCGCUGUACACAGCACCAUCAGCACGCAUACGGGUCAAUGGAGCAUUAACAGACUCGUUUAACAUAUGCAACGGCAUCCGUCAGGGCUGCCCCCUGUCCCCCCUUCUAUUCGCCCUCACCCUUGAACCCUUCCUUGAAGCGGUUAGGCAGGACGGAGGAAUCACAGGACAUCGCAUAGGAGGGAGGGAACGAUAUGCUCUUUUUCCUGGAACAACCUAGGAUCUCAACGCCAAACUUGCUAGAGGCAUUUCGGACCUAUAACGAAGUAUCUAACCUGAAAUUUAACCUGGAUAAUUUGGAGGCGAAGCCGCUUGCCUGAGACAACACCCUCCAACAACACAUGCACACACAAUACCCUUUCAAACUGUGCCCAACCAAACUCCACUAUCUAGGCAUCUGGCUACCAAAGGACAUCUCCCAUAUAUACCAGAUGAACUUCGCGCCCCUUCUCGCCACGUUGCACCAGGACAUAAAGCGAUGGACAACACAGUACCUCUCCUGGUUCGGCCGCAUAAAUGCAAUAAAAAUGAACGUCCUACCCCAAAUCCUAUACUUAUUCCAGAUGUUGCCCACAACCAUCCCGCGUGAAUUCUUCCAGGCGUUAACGACCACUAUCAGACGAUUCGUCUGGAACCAGAAGCCAGCACGCAUUCAGAGAUCGACCCUAGAGCAGCCAAAGAGUGAAGGAGGCACGGGGCCAUCAAUCAUCACGUACUAUCAAGCAACGCAUCUUCAUCGACUAGUCGACUGGCACGCCAACCCAACCACUAAACAAUGGGUUAGCAUAGAACGGCAGCAGGCAAAAGGGAAGAUCCCUGCCCUACUAUGGCUGGGAGAAGCCGCGCGGGGGGACAUGCUCACCGGGAACCCAAUGAUAGAUGCCACACUGGGGGUCUGGUGCAGAGUGUGAUAUACCAAGAAACUUACGACAUCCCCCAACCCGCUUACACCCAUAACUAACAACCCGACGUUGGCAGGAGGACUUAUCCCCGCCGAACUAAAAAACUUCGGAGCAACGGACUGGGUAUAUAUGAGCCAAUGGUGCAACGGGACGACUCUAAAGACCAAGGCUAAACUGCUGCAGGACCGCAGGCCAACCGGGCUGGACGACUACCGAUACCAUCAGAUAAAAAGGUACGCCGCACGGAUCACUUACACCGCCCACUGCUGCAACUAGAGCACAUCUGCACGACAAGGCAGCACCUCGCGCAUGGCGUAUCGACCCUAUACUCCAUAUUACAGGCCAACAGGGACAAGGGCCUACUACGCUUCACGGAACGUUGGGAAAGAGAGAUGGAGACUGAAUUAACUGACCUCGAAUGGGGGAACAUUUUCCAGUUGACGCACAAAGGAUCCAUGUGCACUAAAUUUCAAGAAUGCAACUACAAGAUACUGACGCAUUGGUACAGGACUCCAGACGUCCUAGGGCACGUGCACGAAUCGAUCCCAAGAGGGUGCUGGAGAUGCGGCACGGAAGAAGGCACAGGAAUACACAUUUGGUGGACGGGCUCCCACAUAGUACCAUACUGGCGGAUGAUAGACCACGCGAUCAAAGAAAUCACGAGCACGGAUGUCCCCUUCGAACCGCUACCAAUGCUACUAAAUCACACAACCAUACCACCAAAGACAUAAAAAAAUUGGCUCACCAUACACCUACUCACAACAGCAAAAACGCUUAUACCAACACUGUGGAAAAGCCCGACAAUUCCCUCCUUUCAACAAUGGGUCGACAGGGUAGAAACAAUCUACAACAUGGAAAUGAUGAUGGCCUCGAUGCAGGGACGUUCGGACAAGUGUGCCCUGACAUGGUUCCGAUGGAUGGACUAUGUGUCUAAGAGAGCGGAGUGCUGGAGAUGCGGCACGGAAGAAGGCACAGGAAUACACAUUUGGUGGACGGGCUCCCACAUAGUACCAUACUGGUGGAUGAUAGACCACGCGAUCAAAGAAAUCACGGGCACGGAUGUCCCCUUCGAACCGCUACCAAUGCUACUAAAUCACACAACCAUACCACCAAAGACAUAAAAAAAUUGGCUCACCAUACACCUACUCACAACAGCAAAAACGCUUAUACCAACACUGUGGAAAAGCCCGACAAUUCCCUCCUUUCAACAAUGGGUCGACAGGGUAGAAACAAUCUACAACAUGGAAAUGAUGAUGGCCUCGAUGCAGGGACGUUCGGACAAGUGUGCCCUGACAUGGUUCCGAUGGAUGGACUAUGUGUCUAAGAGAGCGGAGUGCUGGAGAUGCGGCACGGAAGAAGGCACAGGAAUACACAUUUGGUGGACGGGCUCCCACAUAGUACCAUACUGGUGGAUGAUAGACCACGCGAUCAAAAAAAUCACGGGCACGGAUGUCCCCUUCGAACCGCUACCAAUGCUACUAAAUCACACAACCAUACCACCAAAGACAAAAAAAUUGGCUCACAAAACACCUGCUCACAACAGCAAAAACGCUUAUACCAACACUGUGGAAAAGCCCGACAAUUCCCUCCUUUCAACAAUGGGUCGACAGGGUAGAAACAAUCUACAACAUGGAAAUGAUGAUGGCCUCGAUGCAGGGACGUUCGGACAAGUGUGCCCUGACAUGGUUCCGAUGGAUGGACUAUGUGUCUAAGAGAGCGGAGUGGGCCGUGGCGGGGGGGGACGGUUGGGGCGGCCGCGGCGGCGCAGGCGCCCCCGACAUAAUAGCGCACAGCCAUAACAAACGCCACAAUGGACAGAACCACACACCUGAUGAUCCCCACCUGACACAGGACGAUAGGCAAGCAACGGAGACGUACAGCCGUCACAUACCCCGACAAACGUAGCAAGACUAACGACAAUCACAAAACCCAGCAGCAGAGAUGACUGGAAGACAGACAGAGGAAGGCACACAAGACCAGGGGCCAGGGAGGCAGAAGGACCCAAGACCCCCACAGAUACACAAAAGAUAGGGAGGAAGUGAAGGAAAAACUAUCAACAGAAACAAGGUGACUCCACGCCCGGUAAAGGGCUUCAUGACCCCACAGGGCCGACAACUAACAAGGGCACGUAACAUACAGACCGACCCGACCCACUGCAACCUACUACGACUGACACUAGCCAGGCACACCUGGCAGGGAACACACCAACACAUGCGAUGUAGUACGCGACAACCCCACACAAAGGACCAAAAGGAAUACCAACACCGAUAGACACGUUAGGAGACACACUACUCCAAUAGACACUAAGAAAUCACCAACCAGGAGUAAAAACCCAACCCAACGCCCCGAACAAACCUAGAGCAAUAGAGCGAAGACAUAACCAGAUAACAGCGUACACACAGCCAACGCCAAACACCAGAUACAGGGCCAACAAAUGUGCAACAAACAAUUGCUAUGACCACCCGAGCUCAAAGGGCAAAAGAAAAAGGACAGGCAAACCACCCCCAAAAAGGGAAACACACUAAAACAGGGAGCUCUGACUCAGGAACAAGCUACAUAGAAGAGCCCCCAAAUCAGCACAAAACCAAGCAAUAGGCGUACUCAACGAAGCCCAGCAAGGGGUCAGACAGUAAACCGUAGACAUUGGCAAACCAACUAACCUAGCUUCCGAGGUACAUAAACACAUGCACACACGUAAACACGGAUACUAAAAACAGAUAAUCAUCAAGGAAAUGUGCCCUUCUCUCGUCAAAAUAGAGCCGAGUAUAACUAGUUACGUUCACCUCCACCCAUUAGAGGUGUAAUUGUUUUACUAAUAUUCAUUUAAAUAUGUUCAAUGUUACAACAUGACUAUUUAGAUGCAUGACUGAAAAUGAAAAAUAAAAAAAUAAAGAAUGUAAAAAAAAAAAUGUGUGGGAUUUGUUUUUGUUGUAUUGUUUGGUCUCUUUUUUUUUAUAAUUUAGUAAUUGUGAUCAAUUUAGAUCUUUGAUGCUAUCAAUACUUCUUUGAAGAUUUUCUUCUUUGUAUCCUUUCUGUAAAAAUAGUUUAAAAAAAAAAAAGAUGACUGGUUAUUAAAAUCUGUUUGGUCCAAACAAUUUCUUUUUAGACAUACAAAAUUACCUUUAGGUAUAUUUUGUAGCCAUGGGUGAUGGUGGCAACUGCUUGUUUUGAUAAAACUGUAAAUAAUGACACGUUUAAAAAGAAAGUGCGUAUUUUAAAACUAUUAUCUAGGAUAUAAAUAUUAAGAUCUAAAAAGUCGAUACUAGUGGAGCUGAUGUUUUUGGUUAAUUUAAUACCCCAAGCAUUGGAGUUAAGACAAUUAAAAUUUUUUGUUGAAUUAUAAAUGUCAUCUAUGAAUCACUUAUAUAGGACGAAGCUUGCUCCACAGCCAUGUCCCUGGUAAAUAAAUAAUCUUUCCCAGUAUGACAUAAAAAGAUUGGCAUAGGUGGGAGCAAACUUGGUUCCCAUAGCUGUACCUCGAGUCUAGAGGUAAAAAUCAUUUUCAAACCAGAAAUAAUUAUUAGUUAAAAUCAACAUGACUCUCAUAAAAUCAGUUUGUACAUCUAAAAACUAUUUUGAUUGUUUUAAGUAAAAAUCUACUGCUUCAGUUCCUAUACAGUGUUCUAUAGUUGUAUAUAAACUGGUAAUGUUACAGGUGAUUAAAAAAUACCCCUCUUCCCAUUUUUGGUCUUCUAGAAUUUUUAAAAGGCUCUUGGAGGUAUGAGGGGCAAGAUUUAACUAAUGGUUGUAAAAAAUAGUCGAUAAAUUGUGAUAUUGAAGUUAAAAUAGAAUUUAUGCCUGAAACAAUUGGCAUGCCUCUGGGAUUUUCUAAAUUUUUAUGAAUUUUUGGCAAGGCGUAGAUAAUUGGCAUUUUAGGGUGUUCGGUCAAAAGAAAGGAAUGCUCGUUUUUAUCUAACACAUUGUUAUUCAAUCCUUCUUGUCAAAAUGAUUCAUAUUUGAUAUUUAUUUUUGUAGUAGGAUUUUUAUUUAGUUUUUUAUAAGUAGUCAAAUCUCGUAGCUGGUAUCUAAUUUCAUUAAGAUUAAGAUAUGGAGGGGUCUUGCUUAAGGUCUUUCAUAACCUUUCUCUCUUUGAAAGAUAAAUUCUCCAAAGGGGCAGCGGGAGGGGGAGAGAGGAUUGGUGUAGUACGCCAUGUCUUGAGUACCGGAGAGCGCGUGCUCCUUCUUUUCAGGAGAGGGUACACUCCAAGAUAGUGAGCUUCCCAGGAUUAUGAGGAACAUAUGAGAGUUACCAUAAGUAAUCUAUAAGAAUGUAACAUGUCGGAACCAUAGAACAAAAUAAAACGAGAUAUAAUGGAAAAAACAAAUAUAUUAUUGGCCUUUAACUUUAGUUCACCGAGGAUCUUCUGUCUCCAUCAAGGUGCUUGCACUGGUAUACCUCUGGUAUGUGGGACAAAGGGAGUGACGUUAGCAGGGUCCCAUGAGAUUUCGGGCUGGUUCGGGGUUGUAGUUGGAGGGGAAGGGCAGUCCCAAGUUCUUUAGGAAGGAUGUUGCAUCUUUCAUGGAGUGGAGGACAUGAGUGUUUCCAGCCUUCGUUACCAUUAGAGAGUUGUCAGUCCCCCAUCUGUAAGGUAUUUCUGCCGAUCGCAGUUGGCUGGUAACAGAUCCAUAGGUUUUUCUCCAUAGCAAGGUGUUUAUUAUUAAAUCCUGAAAGAAGGUCAAAUUGAAGUCCUCAAAGGCGAGCAGUGUUUUGCCCUUCAAAGCUGUCAUUAUUUGGAUUUUAUCCUGAAGUGUGAGACAGCGCAGAAUGACAUCUCGGUUUACGUUUGAUGUAAUGUGAAUUGUGCUGGGAAUGCGGUACAGUCCAUGGUCAGUUUGUGUGCCACUGUGGGAGGAAGUAAGGUAGUGAGAAGGCGCCAGAUGUAGUGAGGCAGUUUCUCUGUGGUGACACUAGCGGGGACACCCCUGAUUUUAAUAUGUGUGUGACAUUUCUGGCAGAUAAGAUUCUCUGGUGAGUUUGCAAUUGGUGCAUUGAGUCCUGUACUGUUGACAGGUUAGCUUGUGUGUCCUUUAUGUACCCCUCCGCAACCCCUACACGUUCAGUGACUGCUUGCAACUCCUUUUUAAAUAUAGCCGAGUCAGUGGCUAGUAUCUUGUGUAUGUCAGCCAGCAGGACCUUCAGGUCUCGCUUUGUGGUCGGGGCUGAGUUUCGGAGGAUUCCGCAGGCAUAGUAUGUGUUACCUGAGAAUUUGACGGCACCUUCACUUCCCGGCCGCUUGGCUCGGGGUCGGCCUCCUGCUAGUUUUCCGCUGGUGUUGAUCUUGGCCAUGCAGGCCUUUGCAGCAUUGCCCCAAUGUCUCUGUUGUCUGAACCAGAGACAGGUUUUUGUGAUCUGCUGCCCAUUGCCGGCAUACAGGCUUGUGCAGGGGGUUGUGUGGGAGGGGAGCUGGCUCGUGCCCAGUCUUUGCCGAGGAGGGCCUCAAGGCAGCGUGUGGUAGGCCCCGGAUCUCCGUUGCCAUUUUGGCUGCUUUUGGGCCUGGAAAAAAGGCAUCAAUCAAUGCAGCCUGGCAGCAAGUAUGUAGUUUUUAAAGCUCGGUUGGCUUCUGACAAUAUCGACCAGAUUCAUUCUGUGUCUUUUUAUAGGAGUUUUGUAUAGUAAGUUCCUUAUCCUCUGUUACGACACGUACCGUCGGGUAGAUGAAGCCGCCGUUUAGGCAAUAAUCCCUUUUUCCAGAAAUGCAGUUUAAAUCCAGCCGAUCGCCAAACUCCCGAACGAAGUCCACGAACGCGGCAACUCCCGAUCAGCUAAACAGUCGAACGCCUUCCACAGCUAGAAAUAACGAAAGCGCUGUCCCAGUAAUAAUUCCCCCACAAACGAGACCAAGCUCCGUCUUGAGGGUCAAAUGAAGUUCUGUUUAAUGGGGGCUACCUGCCCGGUAUUUAUGCAGGUCUCCACAAGGUGGACACUCCCCAAGGGGACCUUGUGGAAGACUGUAAAACAUAUUGGACAGUAGCCAAUCGCAGUGGCUUCAAUAAUAGCCCUUCCCAUCUUACCCAUAAAUCCGUCUUCUCUACCCCGGAGAUAAUUAGGAAGAAACCUAAUUAUCUCCCAAGGUAGAGACAAUCGCCAUUUUAACUUACAGUAAUAAAAAUACAUUAAAAUACAUAACUGAAGAAAUACCGAAUGCAUAUAGUUCGUGUAACGUAUCCCCAGACAGCCUGGAUCUGAGUGCCUGUUUUCACCGAAUAGCGCUCAGAUCUGAUGUAUCUAGUCGAAUCGCCAUGGAGUCAAAGUCCUUCACCAGUCCUUCGGUAUACGAAUGACUCCAUGGGAUGGCUGUCGGGGUGAAAGUCCAUACGAAUGAAUAAAACUCCCGAACGACCGACGUUCGCAUGCCUUGUCGAAAAGGAAGGUAGGCAGCAGCUUUUCAGCGGUGUUCGGUAGUUUAAGUGUCCGUUUUUAGUUCCAUACAGUUUGUACCGAACACCGCUCUGUGUUCGUAUGUCCCAAAAUGGCCGCUGCCUCGUGGUCGACAUGCGAACGACGACCACCCGUACGAAUGGAAUGGAGAGGUGUCUGCGGUUAACCACAACGUUCUAAUUGGGGCCAGGAGGUUAACCAGCAGCACACUCCUCUCCUGGGUGGUCGUUCGUUCGGUAGUUUCAAUCGGUAUUUUGCAAUUUACACGAACGGGGGUAUAGGAACAGGCAAUUCCGCGAACAAAAGGGAAACAGACGAACCAACAAUGCAGAUGAAUCUGUCACACGGCUCCCCCCUUGUGGGACACUCCGGCAGACCCGGCUUGACCCUUCAGCGGGUCAACGUGGGGAUGACCGGACUAGGAUGGGGUGAGGAUGUCGGUUUGCCUGGACAAUCCAUCUGCGUUCCCAUUCUGCUUACCGGGUCGAUAAGUGAUGGUGAAAUUAUAUGGCUGUAGUGCUAAACUCCACCUCAACAGUCUGCCAUUGUCUCCAGAGACCCGGUUAUGCCAGACAAGGGGAUUGUGGUCCGUCACAAGGGAAAAUUCCUGUCCAUAUAAAUACGGGCUUAGCUUCUUCAAUGCCCACACCAGAGCCAAACAUUCCUUCUCCACUGCCGCAUAACUCACUUCUCUGGGUAACAACUUUCUGCUGAGAUAUGCGACAGGGUGCUCUCCUCCAUCUUCCCCGACCUGGCUCAGCACAGCCCCCAGUCCAUACAUGGAAGCAUCUGUAUGGACGAGAAAACGUUUGUUAGGGACUGGGGCAGCCAGGACAGGGGCAUUCACAAGAGCUUGUUUGAGUGCUUGGAACGCAGCUUCACAAGCUGGAGACCACAGGACCUGCUUAGGAAGAUUUUUCUUGGUCAGGUCAGUCAGGGGUUUGGCAAUAGCGCUGUAGUCGGGGACAAAGCGUCUAUAGUACCCUGCUGUCCCUAGGAAGGCUAACACCUGGGUCUUGGUGAUAGGUGUGGGCCAGUUAGCAACUGCCUCUAUCUUGGCUGGCUCUGGCCUCUGGCUCCCACACCCUACUCUGUGACCCAGGUACUGCACUUCAGCCAUGCCUAAAUGGCACUUCUCUGGUUUCAAUGUCAGGCCAGCGGCCCGAAUCUUGUCCAGUACUACCCCUACAUGCACUAGGUGUUCUUCCCAGGACUCACUGUAGAUCGCAAUGUCAUCCAGGUAUGCACAAGCAAAUUCCUGGAAUCCAUCAAGAAGUCUAUCCACCAUACGCUGGAAGGUAGCUGGGGCAUUCUUCAUCCCAAAUGGCAUGACCUUAAAUUGGUACAGGCCAAAUGGGGUGACGAAGGCCGACUUGGGGAUAGCAUCCUCGGCCAGGGGAAUCUGCCAGUAGCCUUUGCACAGGUCUAUGGUGGUCAGAUAGCGUCCCCUGGCAAUGCGAUCUAGCAAUUCGUCUACCCGGGGCAUCGGGUAGGCGUCAGUGGUGGUCCGCUCAUUGAGACGCCUGUAGUCCACACAGAACCGGGUGGUCCCAUCCUUCUUGGGCACCAGGACUACAGGCGAGGCCCAAGGGCUAUCGGAGUGUUCGAUGACCCCCAGCUGGGUCAUCUCCUGUAUCUCCUUCCGCAUUCCUUCCCGGACUGCUUCAGGGAUACGGUAGGGGGUUGUCGCAGAGGGUUCUGUCCAGGGGUUUCUACCUUGUGUACAGCUAGGGUAGUGUAACCAGGUUCUUGGGAGAAGGUCGCCUGCUUUUCCCACAGAAGCUGUCUGGCCUGGCCCUUCUCGGUAGCGCUCAAUCUGUCCCCUAGCUGUACUAGGCUAGUAAGAUCCGUCUGGGGGUCCCUCUCUAACAGGUCUGGCAAGGGUAAACUUUCUGUAUCAUCUGCAGCAGGGGCACAUACUGCAGCGACAUUCUCUGGUCUCUCCUGAUACUCCUUUAGCAUGUUCACAUGGAAGGAUCGCUGGAUCCUUUCAUCUGAACAGCUGGCUAUAAGGUAGGUAGUAUCACAUAUCUGUGCUAACACCUUAUACGGGCCCUGCCAAGAUGCCUGCAUCUUGUUCGCCUUCACAGGUUUGAGUACUAACACUUUCUGCCCAACCUGGAAGACUCGCUGUCGGGCACCCCGAUCGUACCACCUCUUCUGUCUCCCCUGAGCCACCUGGAGAUUCUCCCUUACCAUUAGGGACAGUUUCUCCAUGCGGUCCCGGAGUUCCAGAACAUAUGGUACUAUGGGGGUCCCUUCCUGCUCUGUCUCCCCCUCCCAGUGGCCUCUAAUGAGAUCUAGGGGUCCGCGGACCCUUCUCCCAUAUAGCAACUCAAAGGGGGAGAACCCAGUAGAUUCCUGGGGCACCUCUCUGUAGGCAAACAACAGAUGAGGCAGGAAUCGCUCCCAGUCUCUGCAAGUGUCAGAAAAGGUCCUCAGCAUCUGUUUGAGGGUGCCAUUAAAUCGCUCGCAGAGACCGUUAGUCUGUGGAUGGUAAGGUGAGCUAAGCAGCGGUUUAAUACCGCACACCUUCCACAGUUGCUGGGUGAGCACAGCGGUGAAUUGGGUUCCCUGGUCAGAGAGAAUCUCUUGAGGGAACCCGACUCUGGUGAAAAUCCUAACCAGGGCAUCAGCAACUGUCUCUGCCUCUAUAUUAGACAGCGCUACUGCCUCUGGAUAGCGAGUGGCAUAAUCCACCACGGUGAGAAUAUAUUUCUUACCGGAUGGACUAGCCCUGGCCAGUGGACCCACAAUGUCAACGGCUAUGCGGGCAAAGGGCUCCCCAAUGAUAGGCAUAGACAUAAGCCUAGCUCUUGGGUGGUCCCCCCGCUUUCCUAUCCGUUGACAUGUGUCACACGUACUGCAGUAUGUCCGCACAGCCUGAUUGAAGUUUGGCCAAAAAAAGUUCUGCAUGAUCCUAUAGGCUGUGCGGCGGGAACCUAGAUGUCCAGCUAACGGAACAUCAUGCCCUAUCCGCAGAAUCUCCUGCCGGUAUUUCGCGGGCACCACCAGCUGUCGAUUCGGCGGAGGGGCAACACUCUUCGGGGAAAGCUUGGGGAUCCUAUAUAACCUGUCCCCCACCCACUCAUACCGUUCCCCAUCUAAUCCUUCCUCUCCAGUAUCUGCUCUGUCCCUAUACUUCUGUCCCUAUACUUCUGUCCCUAUACUACAUGAUCAAACAUUUGUGAACAUCUUCUCUAAAUAAACACCUUUAUUAAUCUCACCCAAUAUUACCCCAUGAAACUACAUUUAUAGGGUAAAGUCACCUAAUAGUGUACUUACAGAUUUAUUAUAUGAUUAUGUGAUACUGUAAAGUGAAAAGCAUUGUAUUAAUGGCUAGUAGUUAUGUAAUAUGUAAGCAAACUUAUUUUCUAAUUUUCUCUUUGUCUUACAGUUUGAAUGCUGUGGUGUCAACACCUAUACAGACUGGUCCCAAAAUAUUUACUUCUUCUGUGUAGAUAACAACCCAAGCCUGGAAAGUUGUGGGGUGCCCUAUUCUUGCUGCAUCAGGGAAAAAGGCGAGGUAACAAGUACUGCUACGGUGCACUUUGCUAUUAAUAAAUAAAACACACCUGAUACAAAUCAUAGAACCUGCUCUAGAACUUUAGAAUUAUCAAGAAUACAUACCUUUCAUUAAAGGAACAUUAUAGCCACCAGAACAACUACAGCUUAUUGAAUUUGUUCUGGUGAGUAGAAUCAUUCCCAUCAGGCUUUUUGCUGUAAACACUGUCUUUUCAGAGAAAAAGCAGUGUUUACAUUACAGCCUUGUGAUAACUUCACUGGCCACUCAAUGGCUGUUAGGGAUCCUUCCUGGGUCAUGGCUGCCUAAAAUGCAUCCAAACAUUCAAUAUCUCCUCCCUCUGCAUGCAGACACUGAACUUUCCUCAUAGAGAUUCAUUGAUUCAAUUCAUCUCUAUGAGAAGAUGCUGAUUGGCCAGGGCUGUGUUUGAAUCAUGCUGGCUCUGCCCCUGAUCUGCCUCCUUGUCAGUCUUAGCCAAUCCUAUAGGGAAACAUUGUGAUUGGAUCAGGCUACCACUUCUAAUGAUGUCAGCACACUGCUUGUUUUUCUGAGUCUAACAGCAUGCAGAGUUACAGCUUCAAGCUUGAAUACAGUAAGAUGUUUACUAUAUGUAUGGAGGCAUGAGGGGCCCAGGGGGGCUAGAUGGUGGUGUUAACACUAUAGGGUCAGGAAUACAUGUUUGUGUUCCUGACCCUAUAGUGAUCCUUUAAUUUAUUUGAACACAACUUUAUCGAGUAGGAAAUUACAGGACAUACUUACACCAUUGGAUUAUUUACAAUAAUUGCAUAUUUUUCUCCGCACUGUGAGUUUUAUUGACGUGAAGUUCUCUGAUUCCCUCACACAUGAAAUUGUGAGCUUUAUUUACAUGGAGCUUUGUUAUACAGUCAUGCAUGACAGCUUUUCUGCUGUGGGUCGUUUUAAUGCAUUCUUACACAGUACACAUUAUUGUGUGUUUUGUUGCUGUGCAACUCUGCUAUACCAUCAUAUAUACAGCACAUUACAGAGAGCUUUAUUGCUCUGGAGCUCUGUGAUUCACUAAUUAUCACCACAUUUGCUGUGAGUUUAAUUGUCAUGGAGCUCUGAGAUACACAUGUAUAGAUAGUACAUUACUGAAAGUUGUAUUCCUGUGAAGCUCUGUGAUUCCCUCAUGCAAGCAGAUUCAGAACUUACAGAAAACACACAGUGUGAGGAACACUGUUGUAGUAAUUUGGGUCAUUUAUGAGGACACCCCCCUUAAAAUAAGAUACACUUGGGAGGUAUGCUGCUAUGUCACAUCCAUAAGUGCUUAUAACUAGUUAUAUUUCAUUUUUAGAUUAUACAUUUUAAUUGCAAUAUGUUGAGAAUUAAUGUAAAAUUAACAUUGCUGUUUUCAUCAACUAAUUUUAACACAUUAAAGGUAAUCUAAACAACGAGGAAUGAGUUAUAGAAUUAUAAACAAAAUAUUUAAAACAAACCAAAUACAGUGUGUCUCGUUUGCCAAGCGUAUUAUUAAAAAAAAAAGUACUAGAAAUGCAUUUUAUGUUGUCUUGCAUUUUAUUUAAAAAAACACUAAAAGCGACAAUGUAAGUAUCCAGACAACUUCUUCUCUCAAUUAAGUGGGCUGGGCACCAUAUCCCCCCUGUUUAGAUCCUGCAGCUGAAAACAUUGCCGUUCUACAGAAUGGCAAUGUUUUAGUUAAAGGGCUUAAAUGCCUCCAGUGGCUGCCACUCAGUCAGCCACUAGAGGUGUUCCAGUCCAAAUAGAAGAAAAAUAAACUAUUUCUAUUCAAGGUAAAACUAUUCUACAUUUCUAUAUGUGAAAGCAUAGAAUUGGCCGAUAUCAUCGACCUCAAUGAUCUCAGCCGAGGAAGUAGAGCUUCUCUGAAGAGACUGGUACUGCAAGGGAGAACAGGUAUUUAAAUUACUGUUUUUUUUUCUCCCUGCAGCUGGGGGCCAGGAACCUAAAUGGCUCCCAGGGCACUAUAGCGUUAGGCAUACACAUUUGUAUUCCUAACACUAUAAUGUUCCUUUAACUAUAAUGCUAUGUUUAAAAAACACAAACAAUACAAGUUGUGGACUGUUCACUUCUCCCUGUUUCAUUCCCUCUUCCUCUCCUUUUGACUCUUGAUUUUAGAAACAUAGAAACAUAGAAUGUGACGGCAGAUAAGAACCAUUCGGCCGAUCUAGUCUGCCCAAUUUUCUAAAUACUUUCAUUAGUCCCUAGCCUUAUCUUAUAGUUAGGAUAGCAUUAUGCCUAUCCCACACAUGCUUAAACUCCUUUACUGUGUUAACCUCUACCACUUCAGCUGGAAGGCUAUUCCAUGCAUUCACUACCCUCUCAGUAAAGUAAUACUUCCUGAUAUUAUUUUUAAACCUUUGUCCCUCUAAUUUAAGACUAUGUCCUCUUGUUGUGGUAGUUUUUCUACUUUUAAAUAUAGUAUCCUCCUUUACUGUGUUGAUUCCCUUUAUAUAUUUAAAUGUUUCUAUCAUAUCCCCCCUGUCUCGUCUUUCCUCCAAGCUACACAUGUUAAGAUCCUUUAACCUUUCCUGGUAAGUUUUAUCCCGCAAUCCAUGAACCAGUUUAGUAGCCCUUCUCUGAACCCUCUCUAAGGUAUCAAUAUCCUUCUGAAGAUACGGUCUCCAGUACUGUGUACAAUACUCCAAGUGAGGUCUCACCAGUGUUCUGUACAAUGGCAUGAGCACUUCCCUCUUUCUACUGCUAAUACCUCUCCCUAUACAACCAAGCAUUCUGCUAGCAUUUCCUGCUGCUCUAUUACAUUGUCUGCCUACCUUUAAGUCAUCAGAAAUAAUCACCCCUAAAUCCCUUUCCUCAUAUGUUGAGGUUAGGACUCUAUCAAAUAUUCUGUACUCUGCCCUUGGGUUUUUACGCCCAAGAUGCAUUAUCUUGCACUUAUCCACAUUAAAUGUCAGUUGCCACAAUUCUGACCAUUUUUCUAGUUUACCUAAAUCAUUUGCCAUUUGGCUUAUCCAUCCUGGAACAUCAACCCUGUUACAUAUCUUAGUAUCAUCAGCAAAAAGACAUACCUUACCAUCAAGACCUUCUGCAAUAUCACAUAUUUUCCAGCAUCGUGCCAUUUCCCUCUCUAACUCCCAUUUGUAUUAGUUCCUCUACUGAUUUACCCUAUCUAUCAACUCCCCCGCUUUAACUGAGCUCACCUGUUUUAAGAGGUCAAAAACGUGUUCUAGUAUGCCCUGCCACAUAUUUUCAAUGACGAAGAUCCUGAUCUCUUUCUUUAAGUCAAUAAACAGAUGCCAAUGUCUUUUUCAGAGUAGUUUAUAAAAAAUUUUAAGCCACUGAGAACCCAAAGGAAACAAAAUACUGAUCGAGUCAUUUCUACGCAAUUAUAUUCUGAUUUAAACAGAAUAAUUUACUGAAAGCUCCUUCUGUUACACCAUAUAUUUCAAUUUAUUUCCUGAUUUCUGAAAUUGCAUGUACUAGUAUAACUCAAUCCCGAAUUGACUUGUUCCCGCAGAAUGUCAUUAAUACUAUGUGUGGGUAUGAGACCCAAAGACUUAAACGGUGGGAUGCAGAGGAUCGUAUCUUUGUAGAUGGCUGUUUGGAUAAGAUUGUCAGUUGGGGUCGGGUGAACCUUCUAUUUCUUGGUGGCCUAGCCACAGGACUAAUUAUCCUAGAGGUAAGCAGCUAACAUAUUAACACUCUGGUGUAUCAUAAAAGUGUAAUAUGUCUUCUAUAUUUUUGGUCUGAUGAUGCUAUAGGGGUUGUCAAAUUACUUGCCUAUUAGUUUUGUUUAAUUUAACUCCUAUAAAUAAUAUUAUUAAUAAUUAACAACAGUGGGGCUGAAUAGAGCUUCCAACUCUAAAUAAGCAGGCUAUGCUAAGCUGGCACAAGUAUUCUGGAACCUGACGGCAUUAACCAUUUAUCCUUAAGAAGUCAAUAAAAUAAGCACCAUUCAUUUGCAUUAUGAAAAUAAAUAAAUAUUCUGUUAAAUAGGUAGUAUUGUUUUUUAAAGUUAUAUUCUGGCAAUAAGAGAUCUGUGUGGCAUGUAUAUAAACUAAAAUUCACCCCCUGUCAAUUGAUAUAUUAUUCAUCAUAGAGAUGAUAAAUAGAAACAAAACCAUAUGAACCCUACAUACUUUCGGUCAGCUUUGCCCUAAAAUGUUGAUUGGACUGAAUAACAAAUACUUAUUAGAAACCGAAAACAAUGGAAGCGUGGGUAAAUGGGGCAGCGAAGGGGUUAACCCUAGGUAGAAUAAGAUGCAAUAAGAGAAAGAAAGGCACUGCCUCAAGGAAAUUUUUAUGUAUAUUUAAAAUAUAACUUUUAAUAGUAAAUCUAUAAAGAGAUAAUGAGAAAAAUGAAAAAAGAAAACAAAUAAAUUGAUAUUAAAGAAACCUCAAUUUCCCACAGGGGAAAUGAAAGAUAAGUGAUAUAAUAUUGAAAGUUAAAAAUAGACAGAUAGGUAAUCGUAAUUAAUAGAAGAAAAUCCAAAUUAGUGUUAGGUAAGUUGUAACUUUUUAGCCAUAAUUGGACACUUCACAGAUAAUAACAGCUAGACACAAAUUAAUGUUGCAAAGUGCUAUAAUCUGUCAGCUGUUAUAUCUAAAUGACUCACUAGGUCUAAACUUUAAUCUGUCUAAUGUGAACAGACAUGUAUUCCCGUUCUAAGAGAUAUAGAGUAAGACAGGUCCGUCUAAAAAGGAUUCUUGUUCAGUCUAACUGUUAGAGGUAGGACAGGUGGAAACUAUGUAUAUACAUAUAAGUCACUAUGGAUAGUUACUAUGAACAUGGAUCUCUACAAAUAAAUAUUAUUGCCCAAUAUAUGAUCAGAGGGCUAGAUUUAGACAAUAGGACUAUGUAACAGAAACUAGUACCUCUAAUCAGAAAGUUAGACUAGCUAGAUACCACAUGUCCUGAUAAAUGAAAUUAGAACAUGUAAAUUAUAACCAGAAAAAUCUUUUGUCCGACAGAAUUUACCAAGGACUUAAACUAAGAUUGUUAGAUAUAUGUGUAACACUAUCUAACGAAAAAAUUUCACUGUGCCUUCGAGGGCACCUAUCUCAAAAAAACGCUAAGCUAGCUAACUGUCACAAAUAAGUAGAGACUGAAUAUGAAUUGAAACACCCUGAUAAGCGUGGUGAGAAAUAUAAACUUCAUUCCCUAAUGUGCGAGAAGAAAAAAGUCUUGACCGAAUCCCAGCCUAGCACUCUAAAGAUCACAAGUUGAUUUAAAGUUUUGUUAGAUAAAUCCCGCCAAAGUAACAAAAUCUAUUCAUAUAAGACUAGGACUGAGAUGAGAUAAACUCGGAAUCUCCCAAACCCCGACGCGCGUUUUCCGGUAAGGCGGCUUUUCAUCUAUUAAUUACGAUUACCUAUCUGUCUAUUUUUAACUUUCACUAUUAUUUCACUUAUCUUACAUUUCCCCUGUGGGAAAUUGAGGUUUCUUUAAUAUCAAUUUAUUUGUUUUCUUUUUUCAUUUUUCUCAUUAUCUCUUUAUAGAUUUACUAUUAAAAGUUAUAUUUUAAAUAUACAUAAAUAUUUUCUUGAGGCAGUGCCUUUCUUUCUCUUACUGAAUAACAAAUACAUUUUUUUUUAGAGAAAAGUGACAGGUCCUUGCUUUUUAACUUCAGUAAACUUAUUUUUUUGUACUUGGGAGUUUGAGCAUCAAUUGAGAGAUGCCGUAUGCCUUCAUGCACAGCAGUCAUUUUCUCUAGCAGUACCAUACCCAUGCAUGUGCUAUGCAUACCACACUGGGAGAGGUAACUAAUUUGCAUAUUUUGACAAAGUUUGUAAACAAAUAAAAAUAAACUAUAGAGAAUUUUUCAAUUGGUGGGUUCUACAGCCUACUUUUAGUUACUAGCUAUUGGGUUAUGCUAGAAUUGAUAAGUGACAGUUCUGUAAGGCUUAAAUAAAAUGUAUUUUUAUCUUUAAGAAUGGGUCACCAGAUGUUGGAGGUUCAAAAAUUCAUGGAUCAAAUAUUACUUUAUAUAAUGACAACUACUGGCUAUUAAAGUGGUAGCAGGGGCCUGAAUAAAAUGAGAAUGAGAGAGACUAAAAAGGAUACCAGCUACGGUAAAAUAAACUGAUACAAAUGCCCAUAUUAAAGUUAAUAUGUGUACGGCAAAAUUAUGCAUUUAGGAUUAUGAAACAGAUGCUCCCUUGACAAAGAUAUCUUCUCUGCCACAAUUGAAACACUAGGGGGCAAUAAGAUCUAUAAAAUCAAAACAUUGGAUAGUCAAUACAUUGUUAAACACUUAUCUGUGUCGACUACUCACUGACUUCAGGUGAAAGGGGUUUCCAAUCACUUCCCCCUAUAACUUUCUUGCUGUGUAAUCAAAACAUUAGAAGACAAUAAAACUGGCAAUUCUUUAAAAAAAAUGUGGAACUGACCGGGAACCACGAGAUUUUCAUGCUAAAAAUAGUUCCAGGGCAUUCGCGGCUAAGUCCCCCUGAAGUCUAUUCGCGGUUUUGGUCCAUGUGAACAAGAUGGCCGCCACCUCGUGGUAGUCUAUAGGAAUUGCGGCCACCUAUGCGAACACUUAGACCACAGAGGUGGGAAUUGCAACCAUGUAUCAAUUAAGCUUAAUAAGCUCCAGAGUGGUCUUCGGUUUGUGCGGCUGUUCGGCAAACGAUUCAUAUAGCCCCAAUUGCAUAAACAGAGCUUGUUAUAAGUCCAAGAGGAACAACUGGUGUUUUAACACAGGGGCCAUAGUCACAGGGUAGGAGUCUGGCAAACAGGCCCCUCCAAAAGACAGUGGCGAGGUCACUUUCGCCACACUAUCUAAUAAAAUAUGAGCAGGAUAUUGCUUUGCUGCAGAGGGUGUAGAUAGAUUGGGGGACUGGGCACUAAAAUGGCUGAUGAAAUUUAAUGUAGAGAAAUGCAAAGUUAUGCAUUUUGGGGUCAAAAAUGCAGAGGCAACUUACACCUUAAAUGGUAGUGAAUUAGGGAUAAUCACACACAAGAAGGAUUAGGGAAUUGUUAUAGACAACAAAAUAGGCAGCAAUAUGCAAUGUCAAUCUGCAGUUGCUAAGGCCAGUAAGGUUUUGUCAUGUAUAAAUAGGGGCAUAAAUUCUCGGGAUGAUAAUAUAAUUUUGCCUCUUUAUAAAUCGCUGGUAAGACCAGACCUUGAAUAUGCUGUGCAAUUUUGGGCACCAGUUCUAAAGAAAGAUAUCAUGGCACUAGAAAAAGUGCAAAGAUGAGCUACAAAAUUGAUAAAAGGAAAGGAGCAUUUUAGUUACGAAGAAAGGUUAAAAAAUGUAAAUCUCUUUAGUCUGGAAAACAGCGCCUCAGAGGGGAUUUGAUAACAUUAUACAAAUAGAUUCGGGGCCAGUACAAACCAUUAUUUGGAAAUCUAUUCAAAAACAGGGCUAUACAUAGGAAACAAAGUCACGCAUUUAGAGUGCAAGAAAGGAGAUUUCAUCUAAGGCAAAGAAAAGGUUUUUUUUUUACAGUAAGAACUAUAAGGAUAUGGAAUUCUCUGCCUGAAGAGGUGGUUUUAUCAAAGACCGUACAGAUGUUUAAACAGCAAUUGGAUAAAUACUUGCAAAAACAAAACAUACAGGGAUAUAAUUUCUAAUUAGUGGGGUAAUAGCUGCUUGAUUCAAGGAGAUAUCUAACUGCCAUUUUAGGGUCAAAAAUAUUUUUUUUCCUAGUUUGUUGCAAAAUUGGAAGCGCUUCAGACUGGAUUUUUUUCCUUCUUUUGGAUCAACAGCAAAAACAUAUGUGAGAAAGGCUGAACUUGAUGGACGCAAGUCUCUUUUCAGUUAUCUGACUAUGUAACUAUGUAAUAUCUAUAAGCAUGAGAACAAAAUACACAGGACUCCAUAACCACUACAAGCUAUAAGGGCUACAAUGCCAGGCCUCUUUGGCACUGUCUCAUUUUUAAUAGUUAAAACAAAAUUUCAAUUGGUUUGACAUUUACCCCAGACACCCAUAGACUGGCCAUUUUUCACAGAUAAAGUAAAUUAAGCAACAAAUAAACUGUUGUACCUGUUUACACAGGAUGCAAUAGUAAAUCCUAUGUAGUAGGCUUAGAGUACUUAGGGUUAGAGGGUCUAUGGUUAUGGGGUAAUUAAAGGGCCACUAUAGUGCCAGGAAAACAUACUCGUUUUCCUGGCACUAUAGUGCCCGGAGGGUGCCCCCACCCUCAGGGACCCCCUCCCGCCCGGGUCCGGGGAGAGGAAAGGGGUAAAAACGUACCUUUUUCCAGCGCUGGGCGGGGAGCUCUCCUCCUCCUCUCCUCCCAUUUGGCUGAAUGCGCAUGUGCAGCAAGAGCUGCGUGCGCAUUCAGCCGGUUGCAUAGGAAAGCAUCUACAAUGCUUUCCUAUGGACGCUUGCAUGCUCUCACUGUGAUUUUCACAGUGAGAAACACGCAAGCGCCUCUAGCGGCUGUCAAUGAGACAGCCGCUAGAGGAAUUGGAGGAAGGAUUAACCCAUUUGUAAACAUAGCACUUUCUCUGAAACUGCUAUGUUUAUAAAAAAAAUGGGUUAAUCCUUGCUGGACCUGGCACCCAGACCACUUCAUUAAGCUGAAGUGGUCUGGGUGCCUAGAGUGGUCCUUUAAGGUUAGUUUUGACUGGUUGAGAAUGAUUGGAGUUACAGGCUACAGUCUGGAAGUCUUCCUUAACACUUAGCCCCUCAAACUUUUAAUACCCUAUAACCCAAACUCCAUAUGCCUAAGGACCUCAACUUUCCCCUGACCUCCCACUAAUACUAACUUUACCCUAAUCUCUGUCCUAACCAUAUACUUGUGGCUUUGUUAUAUAUAUUCUGUUGCAUUCUUAUAAACACAGCAUCAUUUCACUACAUUAACAGCAUUUAAAACACGUUGUUUUAAUCCUUAAGAGAAAGAUUUGGCCCCAUUGGAUGCAUAAAGUGUUAACUACCUUCGAACAAUUAUGCUACCCCACUAGCCAGAUUACACAGCUACUCUCCAAAAUCUAUAUUCUGCUUCAGAAGGGGUCCUCAGCUGUGGACUUUGCUCCCUUUCAAAAAUCAUGGGCAGCUACACUGUACGUUCAACUGACAGAAAGAAUCAACAAGAAUUGCCACAAAAAGAGACUGGUCGCAUAUUUUCCAGAAGGCCAUGUUCACACCACUUAGCCAUAUCAAGAGGGAGUCAUUUUAUAAGAGGGUCACUCGUACCGUGCUAUACAGAUAUUACAUACAGAAUAAAAACAGAGAUAAGGGCUGCGCCAAAAUGGACCAAUAAAAUAUAUGACAAAAUAUGGAGGUAAUGCAAAUAAAAAGUCUUAGCUGAGCAGAUCUUCAUUAGAUCAAAUAGUCUAUAAAAGUGCUUUGUCAGGAACACUGUCCCUGCUGUCUUUCCUCAGGUAGAUCCAAUAAUAUGAAAAGAUAAAACAAAAUAGAAAACCAAAUAGUGUGGUAUGUCCGAUAAAAUGCAACAAGUGAUAAAAGAAGAUAGUAUUGCACUCACAUGUAUUCUAUAGCUAGCUCUAGUUUGGAAAGCGUACAGCGGUACAAUCCCCGCUUAUGGGAUAUAACACAUGUGAGUGCAAUACUAUCUUCUUUUAUCACUUGUUGCAUUUUAUUGGACAUACCACACUAUUUGGUUUUCUAUUUUGUUUUAUCUUUUCAUAUUAUUGGAUCUACCUGAGGAAGGACGGCAAGGACAGUGUUCCUGACAAAGCACUUUUAUAGACUAUUUGAUCUAAGGAAGAUCUGCUCAGCUAAGACUUUUUAUUUGCAUUACCUCCAUAUUUUAUUGUCAUAUAUUUAAUUGGCCCAUUUUAGCGCAGCCCUUAUCUCUGUUUUUAUUCUUGUUGUACUUUAAGGGUUUUUUGAGGGAUUCUCUUAAAGGGUUUAUUUUAUUCAGAUAUUACAUACACUCUUCCCUAACGUCAGUUAUAAUUACUGGUGGUGUAAUUCAUGAGAAGGCACUACAGAGCACAUAUGGUGGUUCUGCCCGACAAUACACAAAUUCUGGAAACAAGUGCUCAUUUGCAUUAAGUUAUUCUACCUAUCACUAAUUCACCUUUACAAGUUUUUACUUUGUUCAAGAUAUAAAUAAUCAAAGACUACUAGGUUCCUCUGAAAUGAUGCCAAUUACAUCAUUCCUAAAAACUCAACCUCUAACUCUACAACAGUGGGUGAACAGAGUAGAUGAUACAAGAUCCAAGGAGGAAUUGCACUGGGGGGCAGACGGCAAUGCCCAUCGAUACAGUAGAGUAUGGAAACCAUGGCUAGAUUUCUGGUCCACUAACUUCAAUAUGACCGCAUAGCCUAUCAUGCUACUUCAUCUUGAUUACACCUGCAACACACUCCUCCUGCCUCGCUAACUUCCCCUGAGACACCGCCUUGCUGGAUCUCAAUUGCUACUCCAGACAUCCCGACUUAUGUUCUAGCUAACUUCCUGUGCUUUACGUACUACAUAAUUAAUGACUAUACUGACGCAUUUUACUUACCUACACAAUUGGCAUUCUUUAACCAUUGUUUAUCUUCCAUUAUUCUCUAUUAUUUUCUCACAAGUUCACUUAAUCUUUCAUUUGGAGUUUUUUAUUUGUAUAAACCAUGUCAGGACCUAGUACUAUAUGCAUGAUUAGUACUGGGUGUUUGUGAUUCGUACACAAUGUCACCUUAUAACACAGUUGACUUUGUAGAAUACUUUAUGCCAUAUGUACAUCUAACAACCUCACGGUGACCUUGAAUGAUUGUACUUGUUAUAACAUGUGUAUUUCGACUGCAGCUAUUUUAUUGUUGAUAUUUCUUGCUCUUUAUCAAUAAAAAGCAAAUUAAACAAAAACAAGCAUGUAUUUUUGCCUUGUAAAUUAAAGAAGCACUGUCAUGGCCGGAUCCGUUUUUUUUUAACCCCCCCCUCGCGACUCCACUACAUCUAAUUGUCCCUCUAGUCAUCCUCAAAUGCCUCUAAGCCCCCCAUAUUACCUAUUUUCUUAUCUUUAUUUUCUGCCCGGACCUAGGUCCUGGGCGCUGCCAUGUUUGUGUGGGUAGAUGAAGUUCCUGUGGGACACGUUAUCUGCCCAUACUAGAUAGUUCUGUGAGAAAGAAGAAGUAAUGAAUAGAAAUUUCAAACGAAUGAACAAAGACCUUGUUUAUUACAAGGAGGGAGCUACCGGCGCGCAGCUCCCUCCUUGUAAUAUGUAAAAAUAGAAGCGGCAGGGAGCAGUGGUCCACGCUACUUCCUAAGCCCCCCAUGUCCUCCCUCACUUUAUGGGGGUUAAUAUAACCCCCAUAAUAGCAUAAGGGAGAUUAAAAUCUAGAUUAAACUCGCUAUGCCACGAGUAGGGGUUUGUCUACUAAACAGUGAGCAGCCAGUGGUUGCUCACUGUUUUAAAAAAAAAAGCCCCCCAUCUAAAAAAUGGGCACUCACCCGUUGCUCAUGGCGGGUGGGGGCCCUAAAUGAAAAUGGGAAAUUUGGUCGUUUUGCCGGCGUUCGGGAAUACGGAAAGGAGGCAUCGCACGAACACGGAGGAAAGGUGAGAAUUGUGGGAAAAUUUCUCUGACCACAGGAAAUGGAGCACACUUUGCUCCGCGCUGGUCAUAGAUGGUCAGGCGUAGGAAACCUCCAUAAGACAAAUAGUCCCUACUUUGUCUUAUGUUUUAAAAAAACUAGAGCAGACAGGAAGAGAUGAAGGACAGAUCCUGAGAGAGGGAGAGAAGAGGAAGCGAUUAGGGAAAGGUAAGUUCAGCAUGACAGUGCCGCUUUAAGUCAUACAACAGUAUUGUAGUCUGAAUGGAGCCUAUGUAUAAUUGUAACGCUUGCUUAUUUUUAUUCUCAUUCCUAGCUUUUUAUCAUCUUUUUGGCAUUUGUUUUGAUCUAUGAGAUUAAUAUUGUGAUGAAAAGGCGAAAGAGCACAGUUCCUAUUACAACAACACAAAAAAAGAUUGAUGGAGGUGAAAUGUUUCUGAGAGAAAUGAAGUGUAUAGAGAAAGAGUUUGAAAAUGAACUGGAGUACAUGGAGGUAGAGGAACGAGAGGAAACAUUUGUCAGACAACGGGGUUACAUGGCUGCCAUAGAAUGUGAAUACCAUGAACAAUCAUGAUACGGAAAGUGACUGAGCACCAACAGACCCUAAGGACAAAAAUUCCAAGUAGAAAAAUACAUGUAGUCUGGACAUUGUAUUUUGAGACUGCAUUUCUUGGAUGAUUAUUUAACUGUGAAUAAUAAGACUUGAAACCGAGACUGUGAAAACUGGCAAUAGGCUACGAUCUGGUUUCAGAUAUUAUGGCCCUUAAAAAGUUCGGCAUUUCAGAUGUGUGAAAAAGAAAUCUGGUUCUAUUGUUAGUAUGAAUUUUAAUCUCUCGUCAAAGGAUCAGAGCUUGUGACAUAUGUGUUCUCCAGGAAACCAAUGCAUUGGCAUUGACAUAUGGAAAUGUUAUUAAACAAAAAUAUUUCAUAAUUGAUGCUUCUGUUAUGAUAGAGUUGGGCCCUUGGCAAGUAGAUUUUUCAUUACCAUCUGCAUUCAUAACAGUUUGUGGUUCAUUACAAAUAUUGAAACAUUUUCUGGGCAAUAUAACACCGCUUGAUGCUUGUCAUUAAGAAGUACUUCUCUGCAUGCUUCUCAUUCUAUUUUAUGGGGAGGAAUUAUGUUUUAUCUGUGUGUAAAGGUGUUUGUUUGUGUCAGUGUGUAUGUGUCAAGGUGUGUGCAUAUGUCAAUGUGUAUAUGAAUGUGUUUGUAGGUGUCAGAGUGUUUAUAUGUGUAUAUGUAUGUUAAUGUGUAUGUAUAUCCGUGUAAGUAUGUAUGUGGCCGUGUAUGUGCAUACAUCCCAGCUAUCGUGCACCAACAUAACAUGCAAACACACCCUGCAAUCAAACAAAAACAUUACAUACAAAUACAGCUCUGCAUUCAAACUCCAAAGUUAUACGCAAACACAACCCAUCACUGAAAAACCAAUACUACACACAAAUAUGCAUCCUCAUUUAUAAGCCAACAUUACUUCCAAACACACAUCUGCACUCAAACGCAAACAUUACAUAUAAACACACACCUGUACUAAAAUGCUGAAAUUAUAUACAAACACCAACACUACACAUACAAGCACACCUGCAUUUACAAGCCAACAUUACACACAAACACAACCCUGCAUUCAAAUGCAAAUACUACACACAAAUGAACAUCACUGCAUUCCAUUGGCAACAGUACAUACAAAUACAUGCACACACAUGCUCUAUGCAAAAGCAUGCUUACAUUCAAAACGCACAAAAAUUGCUCAUAAAUACAACCCUGCAAGGAUAGAAAAAAUGGUAGAUCACCAGCUGGAAUAGCAUCAUGGAUGUUGUAUGACAGAUGGGGAUCUAUCUUUUCAACACUCUUGCGAUAGAGGGGGCCCAACGCAUUUCUUAUGGAGUCCUCGCUAAGUUAGUUCUGCCAAUGCUUGGGAUGUUUUUCACAUGAUUACCCAUCAGUGGAAUAAAUAUACAGUAUGUUUAAUUAAUUAUGUUACCUUUAUAUGUUAUUUUGUUUUUUUACACAUUGUCUAUUUAUUUAUGUAUUAUUGUAUAUAUUUAACAUCUUUCAUCUUUGUGCAGAUUGAUCAUUUUAAGUUCUGGCAACAUGACCGGUUAUGCUAUUCUGUCUACUACUUUGGCUUGUUGUUUUAGCUGGACAGCCUUCCUGGGCCUAGGUCUGUCUUUUCUCUACCCUUCCUUAGGUUGUUUCUUCAAGUUUCAUCAGUUUUUGCUUUUUGCUAGCCCAUCUGUGGAUUUUCAGACUGUCCAGUGACAGCCCACACAUGUGCAAUGAUCGACAAACAUGGCAAAAUGUUUUUAUGCGAGAAUGACUCAAAUAAGGCAGUGGAAGCCAUGAUGACCAUCUUGAAAGUGAAAAAAGGCCACAAUCUAAUUCAAGGCUAUCAGGUGCCCCCCAGUAACACCUAUUAUGAAAUAUAUAAAUGGAGGAGACUAAACAGCAAAUUUGAACUUCAAACUUACUACCUGCCUGGAUUCUUACCUGCUUGCUCCGAUUUGCCAUUUUGCUCCUUACCGUAGGUAGGAGACUCUGCUUCCCUCUACUAAUGUUUAGCUAAACUAUGUAAAUAUUACAUAUAUUUAUUUUAUACUAUAUUUUAGUAGCCCAUAUGGCCUAUUCUUCAAAGUCCAAUAAAUGUCACUUUGUUUCAAUGUGAAUUGAUGCAAUUAAGCUAUAUUCUUUAUAAUCAUAAUUUUAUAAAAUAUUUCUGAUAUUAUUUUAGUAAAAAGGAACUAAGUGUAGAAAUAAGUGAACCUCUGUUUUUAAUCUUUCAAGAUUCUUUUCUUUCAGGAAGUGUUUCGGAGGAUUGGAGGAAGGCAGAUGUGGUUCCUAUAUUCAAAAAGGGUUCAAAAUCCUUGCCUGGAAAUUAUAGACC